CAGCUCUCAGUUAUAUCUGGGAAAUAAACAGAUUUGAAAGGUCCCCAAGUGACACAAGGGCAAGGAUGAGUUAAGGUGGGAGAGGGCGGACCCUCUGUGUAUUACCAGCUCUCAUGUCAGUUUAAGAUAGGGGCAGAAGCUACAGGACACUGACUGAGCAGGAGGUGGGUGAGACAGACCGACUCGCAGAAUAUGGCCCAAAUCCAGCAACCAGAGCCGGCUAAGGACAGCAAGUCCCACACUGCGACCAUCACCAAAGAGAUCGACCUGGUUCAGAGGGACCCCAAGAAUAUCAAUCAGGAGGUGGUGCAGGUGGAUUUUGAGGAUGUAAUCGCUGAGCCAGACUCCAUUCACAGCUUUGAUGGAGUGUGGAAAGCAAGCAGCACCACCUUCACCGUCACCAAAUACUGGUGUUACCGUGUGCUUUCUGCCAUCCUGGGCCUGCCGCUGGCACUCCUCUGGGGCUUCCUCUUUGCUUGCCUGUCGUUCUGUCACAUCUGGGCUGUAGUCCCCUGCGUCAAGAGUUACCUGAUGGAAGUCCAAUGCCUGGGCCAGUUCUAUGCCGUUUGUGUCCGUACCUUCUGUGACCCCAUCUUUGAGGCCGUGGGGAAAGCGUGUGGAGGAAUUCGUGUGGCACUCAGAAAAGAAGUCUGAAAAAAACAGAGACCAAAACAAAAACGCCUCUCUCUUGACAGGGUUAUUCUGUUUGUGCUUCCAUAUAGUACAGAAAAGCUGGCACCAGAGGGACCGGCAACUCAUUUUGCCUCAAUGCAUUGUGGGUCCCUCUGGCAGCACAAUGCUGGGAACUAAAGUCUGCAAAUCCAGUAAGCAGACUGGGACAUCUUCUUUCGCCAAUCCAAAGAACAAUACAAAACAACAGAGAGUUUAAAUACCGUAUUUUAUUUGCAUUUGUCUGUAUGCACAAACAGCUGUAUUUUGGUGAGAACUGUAGUAAGGGUAUAGAAUACAAGGCUUCUGUCAUAUUGUCUUAUGUAUAAUAGCCACAAAAAUUCCAUGAUCAACGUGGAGACGUUCUUUCAAGACUACACAACCACCUCAAAUUAGGCUCACAUCAUUCUCCCCCAAUUUAAUUGUCAUAGUAACUGUGAUCAGGAUUACGUAAGGAGGGGUACAAUAAGGCACCCCAAGCAGAGGAUCAUGGGAUACUGGUGUGGCGGAAACAGACUGCCAGAAUGCUUUGUUACACGUAAUGCUGGGCAAAAGCAAGGACGGGUGGGCAACAAGGGUGGAAAUCACCAACAUACAGCAAAGAGACUUAUCACAAGCAGGGAUCCAAACAAAACCACAAGAGCCGUUAAAGUCACAAAAGUGUGAGCUCCAAAGUCCGCUGUCUGUUGUGAUAUUAAUAUGGGGAGAUCUGCUUUAUCUGACUAUCUCAUUCCUGUAACAAUAAAAAAUAAAUGGUUUGUCUCUUUCAUUUAUUUUAUUGUGCUGGAGAUGUCGCAAUAACCUCUUGGCUGUAAGUAUGCAUUAUAUACUUAUAUCGUUACAUAGGUCUUCUUUAUAUACUGUAAAUAUGCCCAGAUAAAAUAAAUAAAACGAGAAAAAGGAUACUCCA